GAAUCCUUUCACCCUCCGAGAGCGGAGACAAACGGCGAUUGAUGGUCCCAUAUGCUUGCUGGCAUGACGAGGUGAGAUCAGCCUGCCGCCAGAUUGAACCGUGGUCUCGGUCUUUCCAAUCCCACAGGUGUUACCUGUGCAGCUUCCCCUCCAGUCAAUUCCUCCUCCGCCUCCACCCCCGCUCCCUCCUCCUUCGCUCGAGCCGCGGCCGCGCGCGGAGGCCGCACCAAACCCUAGCUCCCCAGCCUCCCGUCCUGCCGCGAGAUGCGCCACCCGCCUGCCCCCUGAUCCUCCUCCUCCUCCGCCGCCGCCGCUCCUCGCCCGCCCGCCGGCAUGGUCCGCUACGGGCCCUUCCGUGUUGCCGCCGGCGAUGGCGGGGGCUGCCCGCCGCUGCCGAUUGUCGCGUCCGAGGCCGUGCUAGCUGUCGUCGACGGCGCCAUUGCGACAGCGGCCUUCGUGCAGCUAACAAGAAUUCACAGGCACAAUCAGCAACAGGGAUGGACUCGGCAAAAGAUAUUCCAUUUUAUGAUUGGCUUAUCAAACAUAGUAUUCCUAUUGUAUUUCUUGUCUACCAUCAUUGCUACUUGUCAGAGAUGGAUUUGCUGGGUACAUGGAUGUGGAUUUGUUCUCAUGGCUAGUCCACAGAUAUUGCUUCUUGCUUCUUUUCUAUUGCUACUGUCAUUCUGGGUUGACCUGUGUCAUCAGACAAAUGAUGAAGAUGAAGAAGAUGUGAGAAGUCACCAUGAAGCUUUACUAGACAGAACAAAAACUAAACCUGGCAUCCGUCCUGUUACUAUCCGUCGGAGGUGUUUCCCAGGAAUGCAGCUUGGAAGCCGGCAAAAAUUUGUGAUUUUGGUGCUUGUAUUGUCAUUUGUCGUUAUGUUCGCUUUUGCCAUCCUUAUAUGGGUUGGUAGAGGAGAAAAUCCUAUUGAUUCAUCUCUAUUGAAAAGGGUUUAUUUGGAUGUAUUUUCAGUAGUAGUUCUUGUCCUCGGCGGUGCUUUGGCAUGUUAUGGUGCAUUGUUAUUCUCGAAGAUGAGCAAGGUUCGUUCUGAAACUGUAUCAACUGAGAAGUGGAAGGUUGCCAGUUUAGCUGUUGUCUCACUGAUUUGUUUCUCGUCUUCUGCUAUACUGGCACUUGUGACUAAUGUUCCAGUGCUAUUGUAUUGGUACUCGACAGAUGCGGACAUCGUCAACAAUGCUGUUAUUCUGUUUGUAUAUUACUUCAUAGGCUCGUCAGUACCAUCCGGAUUUGUUUUAUGGAUCAUGAGAGAUAUGCCUCAUCGGCACGCAGUAGAAAGGCCGACAGAAUCGAGAGUGGUUACUUUGUUCAGGGAAAGACCAUCAAAUGUACAGGAUCCGCAGUGGAGGACAGCCGUUACAUCCUCAAACAAGGUACUCCAAUUUUUUGAUAUGUAGGCCCUCAAGUCAAGCCCAAUUUAACCCGUAGACAAACCAUCAAUGUUUAAACUUGAUAGUCUGCUUAAUGUGCUGGGACUAUUACCAACACGUCAGUGGCACAGUGGCAUCUACUAUUUCCAACACGUCAGUGGCACAGUGGCAUCUACUAUUUCCAACACGUCAGUGACAACUGGUGGCACACUGGCAUCUACUGGCUUCAAAGGGACUUCGGUGAUGGCAACAAUGCGAUUACCUGUGGCUGUAGCAUGCUUCUCUACUUCUCAUCGAAGGGGCACACGUUAUGAUUUUGUACAUUAGAACUGAAGUUGGGAUAAGAUUUGAAAAAUUAACAAGUGUAAAUAGCCCUAGAAAUCAGAGUUUGCAUGGUUUGACUGAUAGUUUCUCCUUUGAGAUUUCCCAUGCCCUCACUUUGUUUACCCGUACCUCAUUUUAGUUUAUGAAAGUAGCAAGAAAAUGCUUCAUCUAAACAGAAGGGCUUUCUGCUCUUAAGAUCUCUAUUACUUGCUAACACUGUGGAUCACUAGGAAAUUGUAACAUAAGCGGACUAGAUGGUACAUGGCAAUUACCUACUUCAGCUUGUGAA